AGCACCCCACCUUAAGAAUAUCCAGCUCCUCUUGCCUUCCUCCCCUCUCUUUCACUCUUUGUCUACCAUCUUCAUUCCCUUUCAUAUUAAGCACCCUUUUUCCAUCUAACAUUUUAUCACUUAACUAAUCACUCCUCCUCAUCUCAUCUCUUCUCUUUCCACAACAGAUUCAUCCAUUAUCUCAUCUUCAACCAUGCCUUGCUCUAAGGAGGAGAAGGUUACAAGAAUGGCGCUGAAGGUUGAUCUUGACUGUGAUCAAUGCUAUAGGAAAGUCAAGAGAACCCUCUGCAAAUUCCCUCAAAUACGAAAUCAAGAGUACGAUGAGAAGAAUAACACGGUGAUGAUUACCGUGGUCUGCUGCAGUCCUGAAAAGAUCAGAGACAAGCUCUGUUGUAAAGCAGGCAAAUCCAUCAAAAGCAUUGAGAUCAUCAAGCCCAAGCCCAAGCCCGCUCCUGCUCCUGCCGAGCCCGAGAAGCCCAAGCCCGCUCCAGCUCUUGCUCCUGCUCCCGCUCCCGCUCCCGCUGAGCCCGAGAAGACCAAACAAAAGCCCGCUCCCGAGCCCGAAAAACCCAAGCCCGCCCCGGCUCCUGAACAGAAGCCACCUGAAAAGAUCCAGAAAAACGGCUCCAAAAAUGGCUCAAAAAAAGUCGAGCCUCCUCCAGCCGAGCCAGCGCCCAAGCCGGCUCCAAAGCCAGCUGAGCCAGCGCCCAAACCGGCCCCAGCUCCAACUCCAGCUCCAGCUCCAGCUCCGGCUCCAGCGCCAAAAGCACAGGAGCCGCAGGCCCAAUGGGUACCUGGGUACCCGCCCGGCCCGCCACCGCAAGCGAUGCCAAUAUCAAUAUGCUGUGCUCCAUGUUAUGAUGGAAGACCCGGAGGUCCAUGUUACGGGUCAUCGGGUCCCGGGUACCCGUACGGGUAUUACGGGCACCCGUGCCCGCCGCCACGUGGAUAUUGUGCUAGUCGGUGCGAUUAUUUUAGCGAGGAAAAUCCUGCUGCAUGUUCUGUCAUGUGAGCUGUUUAGUUUGUUUUUCGGAUUGCCUAAAUUUCCUCCUCUCAUUACUACACUACUACUUACAUCGUUUACCCACGUAUUGCAAAAAUUUUAUUUUAUUUUUUCUGAAAAAAAAUAUAUAUGGGUCAACUGUGCACAUGAUCUAUAGAUUAAAGUUUACAGGCUAUUUUUAUAUAAUGUCAAUAUGGAGAAUAUACUAUAUACUAGUAAGCAGAUAUUGUAUGAAGUUGAAAGGAUGGAGUAAUAAAGUGGAGUUCUUAAUAAGGUUGUUUGGUGACUUUGGUGGAGAGGGUAGUGAGGAUGGUGUAUGUUUUCAGCGCACACAAUUAGUGCGCUAUAGUUUAAUGAAUCCAACUUUAGCUUAAUAUUAUUGCUUCAA